CACCCAAGGCGAAAAGAUGGUGGCUGCGAAAAAGACGAAAAAGUCCCUGGAGUCGAUCAACUCGAGGCUCCAGCUUGUUAUGAAAAGCGGGAAAUAUGUGCUGGGGUACAAGCAGACUCUGAAGAUGAUCAGGCAAGGAAAAGCCAAGCUGGUCAUCCUCGCCAACAACUGCCCAGCCUUGAGGAAAUCUGAAAUAGAGUACUAUGCGCUGUUGGCCAAAACUGGUGUCCAUCACUACAGUGGCAAUAAUAUUGAACUAGGCACAGCAUGCGGAAAAUACUACAGAGUAUGCACACUGGCUAUCAUUGAUCCAGGUGAUUCUGAUAUCAUUAGAAGCAUGCCAGAACAGACUGGUGAAAAAUAAA